AUGCCGCCUCACGAGGAGUCGGAGGAGCUUCUGGCCCAGCAAGGGCGGGAGAAGGCGAGAGCUUUCGAAGCAUCGCAUGCAUCUCGCGAGCUCCACGACGGAGCCGACGAGGCCGUCGAGCGAGUAGAGCUUGUCGCAGCCGCGGCAGUGGACGUGCUCGAGCAGGUCCAGUUUGAGCGUGGGGAGGAACCGGCGACGAAGACGGCGGCUCAUGAGGAAGACGCCGGGGCCGCCGCAGCGUACCAUACACCCUUUGCUCGUCAGCGCAGGUAUGAGAUGUGCUCGGUGAUCUCGAAGGGAAGGUAUUUGCCCAGCACGCCGUCGCCGCGGCUGACCUGCACAUGCUCAACGGACACGGCGACACGGAAGCCCACGUCACCGUCCGCAGCCGCCGCAGCUGCCGGGCCGUUGCCGUGCAUGGAUGGAGCCGACGAGGAGCUCUCGACGGAGUGGAAGGCCGAGUGCAUGAUGCUUGACGAUCGGUGA